AUGUCUACCGACAACAAGCAACUUGGGAGCAUUGUCGCUUUUGAAGGCCAUGUAGAUACCAUAUCGACACAACUACGGCUUCUCCCUUCUUCACCACAGAUCUUGAUUCUCCCAAACGUUCAGAAUUACAUCCCAAAUGAGGAGGCAGAUCACCGGUUGGAUGUUCGCCUUUAUGUCAAGAGAAUACACGAAGCUGCUGUAGCUCGUCACGAAGCCGCCCGAGCCUUCCUACAAGAAUCAACACCAACCAACAGGCGACUAGUGUUUAUGAGUGGUGGUACCUCAAGCGCUCGGGCGCUAUGCAUCGAGGCCAUCAUGGAUCAAGAGACUGAGGGGGACGCCAACCAAGCCGAGUCCCUCUUUCACCAGUUGACCAAAGAUGGAGUCCUUGGCCUGAACAAUUCAUUACGAGACUGGAGAUGCCCUACCAUGUUUGACUGUCUCAACAGUCAGGGCCUGGGAGAUGAGCUAGAAGAUCCCAUAACACGGGCGAUGCGCGCUGCCGAAGCCCUGGACCGACAAACAGCAAGCCUUCAACCUUCAACUGAAGUCGACCUCACUCUCGCUCUCGCACCAAGGCCUCGAAGCAACAGCCUACCACUUUAUGGCUACAACGACAACUUUGGAGAUAAUGCUCCAUUCUUUGUUUUCGGUGUUCAGAAGAACGAAGAGGGGGGGAACAUGGCCGAAGAAGUCAAAGGCUGUUCACAUCCAACACAACCCUCAAGAUUCUCCAGAUUUUCGAUUACACACUAUGACCGAUCCGCAGAUCGUAUUUACCGUGGCAUAACCCACUUACAGUCACCCUCUUUCAAAACGUCUUUUGUAGCCUCUCCCAGUUGUGUCGGCGAAUCAUACAACUUGAUGGCGGGUUCUGUAUCCCCUGGUUUCGAGGCAAUGACUUCACGGUCUGAUGUAUUGAGCAUCCUAUCCACAGAUAACGUCGUGUAUGGAGAAGCUUCAGUACUGGACAUGCGAUCUCCAAGCCGCAGUUCUACACUGUCACGAGUUAAGUCCUUGGGCAGAAUCUACCCGACCACUCCCAAGUAUCGGGACCUUUGUGUGCCUGCAGCCAACCUGGAGCCUCGCCAGUCGGAUUUGGAUGUUGAGCAAGACCCUUCCGAAACACACCGAACAUCAAAAGCGUUAUCUAUAAAUGAACGCAGCCAUACCGAGGUACCGAGAACUAUUAUCGUCAAGACGAACCUUCCCGUCAUCAAGAUGGCUCCUGUCCCAUUGGAGAAGAAGCGCAAGCCUGCACGGGAAUCUUACGUGGAUAGGGGUACUGAUGCGAAGGACAUGACCGAAUCAAAGGUUUUCCAACCGGUGUUGCCUUUGAUAGAAGACCUGGUGGUUCACUUCAAGGAAGAUGUCUCUGACCCUCUACUUGAUUCAGUCGUUCGUGGAUUCAAGACUGGUCACUUUUCUACUUUCCUUCAGUCGCCCACAUCUGAGCCCGAUGAUUACAACACCUUUGUGCCGCCAACGCCCGAGUCUCAGAACAUCACAGGUGUAAGAUGCAUAGAGGAUCAGUACCAGGAGCCUCCUGUUCAUAAAAAACUUGACCUGGACGAAUACGACCCAUUUGCAUACAAUCAACCCUCAUGGCUCAAGAGAAAACCCCUGCCAAGCCUGCCUAAGGUAACAGUUGAACGGCCGCCAACACCUGUCAGGACACCUCCACUCUUGGUUUCCGACAUGGAUAACAAAAUCCACGAUCUUCAAGUCAAUGGCCAGCAAACAGCCAUCGCAGUACAAAACUCACUUCGCUCUGUUCUUCAAGAUUACUUCCCACCAGAGACCAGAGGCUAUCGCCAGUUUCAGUUUCCUCUCUUGCCUGAGCUUGAGGGAUUGUGGAAACCAGUUUUCUGGGAUACUGCGCCCAAUGGCUCGCAAGAGUCAUGCCAUCGUAUCGACCAGAUCUUCGCUAUUGGGGCUCAACGUGGCGUGAAGAGGGACUAUACUUCUGCCGUAACAGGACAACUUGAGAAGCUAGGAACCAAACACAGCGGUAUGAGUCGCAGCGGAAGAUUGGAUUUCAGGUAUCUUCUUGCCAAUGCCAUGCAGGCCUAUACGACACAACCCUUGGCCAACCAGACGAAGGACAACCCUUUCAACAAUCCGUUCCUUCUUGCGACACUCAUUAUUCCUCAUCUGGAGACAUACCUUGCCCUUCAUACGGAAGUCAGGUAUCUUCUCCUCGAGUACCCACCAGAGCAUCUCUCUGCGGUGUUGGCCCUCCAAAAACUUGUUGGAAUAGAUAUGAUGAAAGUGGCUCAAAUCGUUGAUACCAGUAGCAAGAAUAUACCCUUUACUCACUUGCGCGGAAACUCCAUUACUGGUCCAGAACAAGGACCAGUAGGCCGGUUUGGAAAGACUUACCCACCCAAAUCCUGCUCUGGCCACGAUGCUACAGUAUCAAAAGCCAACUUUCUUCUCACCUCGACCGCUAGCGACGCCGAGAUCGCAACAUUUGUUGCUACAGUCUCCAAGAUCCUCUCUGGGAUCUCUUGUUUCUAUGUCCCAGAAGAGCUUCCUAAAAAGCACUCCCCGAAGAAGUCCAAGCUACCUUCUGUUGCUGGAACUUUCUCUGCUUUCCCGCGCAUACCAUCAGCACCUUAUAGCCCGCCUAUGUCAUCGACGGUCGGUGCCUCAGCAGGAACAGCCUUUUCAGACUCAUCUGCGAUGCCGAGCCGGACCCCCUCCAUUGCUGAGACAGUCAAGACAGCAAAGUCGACCAGGAGCAAACCAUGCCGGUCCAAGUCGAACCGCAAGACGCUGGCCUCCGACGCUCGAUCAAUUCUCACCAUGUAUAUUGAUGAUAGUGACUGGGAUUCGGAAGACCGGCGCAUCAUGCCUCUGCUGGAGGAAAAACCUAACGGGCAUAAGGCAAACACCCACAAGGCACUCAAAUUCUUGGGAUUGUCAUGA